GUUUGGAGUCUCACACGGCUGGAGCUAGGAAACAGGAGCUGAGAUCCCCUGGGUCAACCUGGGAUUGGCUACGAGCGUUGUCUUUGGUGUGUGAUCUAAGGUCUAACUUGCCUGGCAAGAUAGACUGCACUGCCCCCCAGGGGCUGUGACUCCACAAUAAGACUGUUAUAGUGCUUCAGGAAUUCACUCUUGUUACUGGGUAAAGCUGCUCGAAGGCUCAGCUGCUAUUAAGCUCACCGGCGCAGAGUCGGGAGAGGAAGAAGCUCAGAGCGAUGGCUUUAGACCAUAUUUACAAGAAGUGUGAAGAGUCCGACCGAGUGGCACUCAAGGAACAAGAGGCAGAAAUAGCAUCUGAAAGAGAAGGGAGUGCCUGGCUGCAGUUUCCUAGGGUCCAGAAGGGGGCUGCAAAAUCCAUAUUAACCCUUUAUGUCCUGCAUGCCGUGUUAUUCGUGCUGUGGACCGUGCUCCUUGCCGUGGCGAUUGCAAAGUACGCAGAGAUGUCCAAGGAGCUGGAGCAGAUGCGGACUGAGCAAUCCGUGCUCAGAGUCAACGGCUCUGAGAUGGCGAAGCAACUGGGGAUGCUUCAUUUCAAUCAAUCCACCAUGCGCAGCACUGGGAAGGCGCUGGCCAAGGAGCUGGAGAGGCUGCAGUCGGACCAGGCCACGCUAAGAGUGGAAGUGUUCACGGAUCUGGCCAAAGCGAAACAUGAUAGAGAUGACAUCAGGGCCGAGACCUUCAAGAUCAUGGAUGCCGCGCAGAAAGGAAACGGCACUUUCCGGUGCCAGCCUGGCUGGGAGCAGUACCGAGGGAGGUGCUACAUUUUCUCAACGUCUGCCCAGCGCUGGCAGGCGGCCAGAAGCUUCUGUUUGAGCCAUGCUGCCGAUCUGGUGGUGAUCAACGAUCGAAUGGAGCAGAAUUACUUAGCCACUAAAGCUGAUUCUGUUCGUCACUGGAUUGGCUUCACAGACCAAGCGACUGAAGGCGUCUGGCACUGGGUGGACAACACUCCUGUGGCAUUUACGUUUUGGGCCCCAGGGGAGCCCAAUAACAUGUACAGUUUUCACGUCAGAAAUGAGGAUUGUGCCCACCUACACGAGGGCGGCCAUUGGAACGAUGAGCCCUGCAACUUGCACUACAGGUGGAUCUGCGAAAAAGCUGGUUCUGUCUAAAUGGCCGGAGUCCUGCCCUUGCUCUGAGCACCAGCUGAAAAGUAUCCCGGCCCACGAGGCCUGUGAAUCAUUCCAGCCCCACACCAGUCCACUAGGGCUAAUCGCACAAAACUGAACACCCUUGCCCUGGCCCAGCCAGGGGGCCCUGCUCACAGAAUCCUCCCCCCUCACCUCCAUUGCUCACUCUCCCCCACCUUCUCUCACUUUCACUGUCUGGGGCUGGGGGUGGGGGUUGCGGUGCAGGAGGGGGUGAGGGCUCUGGCUCAGGGUGUGGGCUCCAGGCUGGGGGCGAGGUAUUCGGAGUGCAGGAGGGGGCUCAGGGCUGGGCAGGGGUUUGGAGGGCAGAGAGGGUGCAGGCUCUGGCUGGGGGUGCAAGCGCCAGGCUGUGGCCAGGGAGUUUGGGGUGUGGGAGUGGGUGCGGGCUUCAGUUCAAGGUGUGGGCUCUGGGGUGGGCCUAGGGAUGAGGGAUUUGGGGUGCAGGAGGCAGAUCAGGGCUAGGACAGAGGGUUGGGGUGUGGGAAGGGGUGCAGGGUCUGGGAGGGAGUUUGGGUGCGGGCAGGGUUUUGGGGUGCGGACUUCAGCUGAGUGGCGCUUACCUUAGGCAGCUCCCAGAAGUGGCAGCAUGUCUGGCCCCUAGGUAGAGAGGCCAGGGGUCUCGGCCCACUGCCCGCACAUGCAGACAUCACCUCCACAGUUCCCACUGGCCGUGGUUCCUGUGGAGCUGAUGCUAGGGGCGGGGGCAGUGCCCUGUGCCUAGGAGCUGGUUACACUGGCCACUUACAGGAGCCUGUCUUUGUCCCACUGAGCCGCUGACUGGACUUUUAGCAGCUCAGUCAGUUGUGCUGACUGGACUCGCCAGGGUCCCUUUCCAACCAGACGCUCCAGUUGAAAACCAGACACCUGGCAACCCUACAGCCCAUAGGGCCUUUGUGCCCCCUCUCUACACAGGGGCGAAUUUCUCCCACGGAGGCCACCCACCGGAGAUGCUCCUCGCUCUGCCUGUGCCACCUUGCCCCCCCGCCCUUCACCACUGCUUCACAUUUACAAACUUGCUGUUCGCAGUGCAAGCGCCUUCACCCCUGCAAUCUCCGCUGGCUGCAUCGGGCCCCUGUGGCUUCCACUUGCUCUGAACCCCCAUCUCUGUGUGAAUCCAGCGGUGCCGGUUUUGUUGCCCUAUGGGGGAAGAGGCAGCGGGGGGGCAGUGGUUAAAACAGGGGGCUGGGAGUCAGGUCUCCGCUCCGGGUGACACUGCUCCCUGCUGUGCUCUGCCGACCCUGCUGUUAAAUGGGGCUGAGAAUGCCGCCACCUCCCGCUGUGGGUCGGGCGGCCUGGCGAGUGGAGGCUUUAGACCCACCUUGAGAUGCUUGUGUGGAAUACAGCUGCUUUGGACUCAGAA